CAGCACCAUCAGCCAGAGCAACCCCCUUUUUCCACCAGAAGCGUUUGUCUUUUGGGUUCAGUCAGUCACUUCUAGGGUUCCCGUACGGUUCGGAUUGAUUUCCCGGUCGACGCCGGUGGCGUUUUAAAAAAGUGAAUUUGGAGAAGUAUAUCGGAAGUGUUUUAAGGAUCAAAACGCCAGUGAUAGACCAUCGAUUAUAAGUAGCAAGUGAGGGACGGAUUACUGGAGAAAAGUGCAAUUGUAGAAACGUUGUGUUCUUAAUUAACCAAUUAGCUCAGUCCAGUGUCGUCGGAGAUCUGGAUAAUCGUGUUAAGCGUGGAUAAUUAACCGAGUUCUGGCGAGACAGUUGCAUCUGGUUAUUCAGUGUCGGAAACAGAGAAGCAGCUCAGUCAAAAUUUGCACUGGACAGACCAGUCUUCAGUUUGCAAUUUUCUGCAAAGCGAAAGAAAAUCCGAAAAGCGGAAAAAUCGAUACUUUCACACGCGCACCAACAGUGAGUGAAGCAGCCGGCGACAGGAUUCGUGAGAGCGAGUACACUUGUCGUCUUCAAAGGGCUUGAAGGGGGAGGAUAACGGAAGUAGCAGCAGCAACACAUCAUGGCCAGUCACGGGAAGGACUCGGUUAAGAGGGAUCCUAACGUCGGAAUAAAGAUUGCUAGUGCCAUUCCUAAACGCCGGCAGCAGUUGCUCAAAUGGAACGGUUGGGGUUACAAAGAUUCCGGCUUCGAUUACGAACUUUCGACCGGCCUUCUAUCGUUUGCCGGCGAUCGUUACCCCAUCGGAGGAUCCGUCUCGCUACCACACUUCAAAGACUACGUCAUAAAGACGCUCAACGUGGACUUGAGCCGUAAGAACGUCGGCGUCCCGCUACCUCAAACCUACCCAGAACCGGUACCGUGUGGAGAGUUUCUGGCCAAACUGCAGCAGCACGGGAUCGAUUUCACCCAGAAUGGAGAAGAUCGACUGGUUCGAAGUCACGGCCAAGCAUUGCACGAUAUCCACGCGCUACGAACGGGUCAAAUCAAACGAAUACCGGAUACGGUAGUGUUCCCGCUAAGUCACGAGCAGGUCGUUCAGGUGGUGCAGGCUGCCACAGAGAAUGACGUCGUGGUGAUACCUUACGGAGGAGGAACUUCCGUUUCCGGUUCUGCUUCCUGUCCGGAGAAUGAACAGAGAUCGAUCGCACUGCUGGAUACGAGUCAGAUGAACCGAAUGCUCUGGAUCGACAAAGAAAAUCUAGUGGCUUGCUUCGAGUCGGGCAUCAUCGGACAAGAUUUGGAACGGGAAUUGCGGAAGCUAGGCUUCACGAUGGGACACGAGCCGGACAGUUUCGAGUUUUCGAGCUUGGGAGGCUGGGUGGCUACGAGGGCGUCAGGAAUGAAAAAGAAUUUGUACGGGAAUAUCGAAGACAUUGUGGUGAAGGUCAAAAUGGUGACGGCGAAGGGUGUUCUGGAGAGAAGUGUUGCAGUGCCACGAAUAUCGUGCGGACCGGAUUUCAAUCACAUCAUUAUGGGAUCGGAGGGUACUCUAGGAGUGGUAACGGAAGUGCUCGUGAAGAUUCGACCGUUACCGGAAGUCAAAAAGUACGGAUCGCUUGUGUUCCCCAACUUUGGAUCCGGUGUGCGAUGUCUACGAGAGGUGGCAAAGCAGCGGCUGCAACCUGCCAGUAUUCGAUUGAUCGAUAACGAACAGUUUGUCUUCGGCCAGGCUCUGAAACCCGCUGGCGGAGUUUUGUCGAGCUUGUCCAGUGCCCUGCAGAGAGCGUACAUCACUGGAGUCAAAGGCAUGGACAUGGAGAAGAUCGCGAUCGUUACCUUGGUAUUUGAAGGCACCGCCAAAGAUGUUAAAAUACAUGAGCAGAAAAUCUUUGCUAUCGCUGCCAAGCAUGGAGGAUUCUCGGCUGGCAGUACCAAUGGAGAGAAGGGCUACAUCUUGACCUUUGUGAUCGCUUACAUCAGGGACUUGGCACUGGAGUACAAUGUGGUUGCGGAAUCGUUCGAAACCUCGGUCGCCUGGGAUCGAUGCGAAACGCUGUGCACCAAUGUGAAGAAACGAAUCUCGAAGGAAUGUGCCAAAUACAACAUCAAACACUACCUCGUGUCCUGCCGGGUGACGCAAUCAUACGAUGCCGGUGCCUGUGUGUACUUCUACUUUGGGUUUAACCACACCGGUUUUCCGGAUCCGGUCAUCAUCUAUGAAACCAUAGAGAACCACGCUCGCGAUGAAAUCCUUUCCUCCGGUGGGUCCAUUUCGCAUCAUCACGGCGUGGGGAAGAUCCGGGCCCGGUGGUACCCGAAAACCGUAUCGGAAGUCGGUGUCAGUUUGUAUCGGGCCACCAAGCAGGAACUGGACCCCAAGAACAUCUUCGCCGUUGGGAACUUCUUGCCGGAGCUGCAGACCGGGCAUCAUGGCGAGCAGCAUCAGGACGGGUCAGAGCAGGGAAAUUUGGUGUCGAAGCUGUAGAGGAAAAGGAGAUUUUGCGUUCUGUUCAAUGUGAAUUUAUUUUAGGAUAAUUUUAUACGAAAUGGAUCAUAUAAGUUGCAUUUUGGUGUGAUUACAGACAUUCCAGUUAUUGUAAUUUCUAUGUGUAGCUAAUUUAUGUUACCCAGUGGCUCAGUAUGCUCAGAACAAUAAAGUUAUUGUUUGCAGGA